AGACCUCGCCUACAGAUGCAUCACUUUUUGCUGCUGUACCAAUCCAUAGUAAUAUCACAUAAAAAAGCAAAGCAAGAAGUCAGGACAAAGAGGAACACAACCUUACGGAAGAGAAAACUUGGACAGAAAUCAAAUUUUGAUUGAAAGGAACAACGCAAUAUCAAACUUCAAGGCGCUGCGAUGAAUAUCGAUUUCUUGGCGUCGUCAUCAGAGCAUGCCGAUACCGAUGGAGCAUUGAAUCGUCGUGCAAUCCAACCCCGCGACGAUAGCCGAACAUCUGCCUUAACCCCAAUUUUCCUUGAAUUUGCUCUGAACGCAGAACCAUCAGAAAGCGUGUUGAACAGUCUAACACAUACAACGAGCAAAGUCCUUGGCGAACUGAUUUUGAAAAACGAAACUCUCGAGCGAUAUUCAGAAGAAUUCGUUCUGGAAAUCGGUGAAAUCGGAACGACCUCCACUGAAGAGAACGACGAAAAAUGUCCUGCCGCGUACGAAAACUGUGCUCUGGUAUCGACAAUCGUUUGGUUCCAUCAUUCGCGGGCCCUGGACUCGGGAUCCCUUGAAAUGGAAGUACUGAACGAAAGCAAGAAAGACUUCGACGCCAUACUGGCUUCGGAUACGGGUCCCUUGGAAGCAAAAUACUUGGGAAGAUCACUUUCUAGUAUCGAAUAUUCAAUUACUUUUACCGGCGUUCCCAGUGGUGCCCGAAUGAACGACGUGCAGAGACGUUAUUUCGAGGACGUCACAAAGUAUUUCUUGAGAAAAUCGUCGACAUCAAAGAUCUAUUCCGUAAUUGUCAUCAACGAGAUUCCCGAAGCAUUUCCACUGAGUCAAAAUCGCAAUGAGCAAGUAUCGGGCCGAUCGCUUUUCGAUGAUAGCACGAUGGCAAGAUCAGGGUUCCUGCGAAAGCGAGAUAUGGAAACCACUGCUUCGAAUAACAGAAAGAUUGAAAUCAUAGCUGAGAUUGUUGGAGAAGGAUCUGUCCAAGAAAGUAGUAAUUCGAUUCUGAAAGGAAUCGGAGAACACCUUGACAGUUACAGCAAUGAAUUCAGUACUCAACCAGACCAUCGGAGUUUUUUUGGAGACGCCAUUGAUAUUCAAGUGAAACCUCGAAUUCAUCGACGGACAAAUAGAGGUUUUACUCUUGGUGAAGUCAGAAGUAGAAUUUUGCAAAUCGAUGGCGGAAAGACUUCUCCAUGGUUGGUAGUCUGCGUCCUUUUGAUUCUGUUUUCAGUUCUUUGGAUUUUGUAUCGAAUCUACAAAGAUUGUUUCUAUGCACCUGUCGAACAGCGAGUUCGUAUCGAUGGUAGUGCAAAGCCGGAAAUAGAGGAGAAGAUCGAAUUGUCGGGGACAAUCGACCAUGUGAAGACGCUGCUCGGGAGCAUUAAAAACCCCUUGCAGUUGGGAAAAGCCUCGGAUUCUCACUCGAUGUCGGGGCAGACCGCUAUUGAUGAAGGCGAGAAGUCGAGAUCAAAUCACUUGAAGAGUCAGACGACGCCAAGAGGUCGCUCCAAAAGCCGCGGCAAGUCCCAAAAACGACCAGUCAGUAGCAAUGAUCCUACGUUUUACGACAAUCGCGACUUAGAAGAUUACAGCAGCGACGAGGAAUCCGCUCCAAAGAGACCAAGUCAUAAAAGUUUGCCGCUGUCGCUUGACAACCAGAAUGAUCAAUCAAGCCAUACGAAGAAACACAACAGCUCCAGGAGUUUGCCUGUGGACAGACACAAUGAAAUCGGGAUAAACAAGAAAAAAUAUGAAAGAAAGGGAAGACGAGAUACAAGUGCAACCAAGGGGAAGAUCGCUGUGGAGGGAGAGUCGAAAACAUUGAGGGGAAAUACAAAUCGACAAACGCCAAACAUUGGAAGUGCGGCGAAAGAAGUGGAAAAGAAGAAGUAUUCUGCAACGACAGUGAGCGAUUCCGAUGACGAUUCCUCGCUGUCUGAUUCUUCGAUUUCCGAUGUUUCGCGCAAGGUAAAAAAGAGGGUUGUGAGGAGGGAUAACCAAUAUAAUACAGACCCGAAAUCCAAAAACGUUGAAAAGAUGAUUGCAUCUUCUGAUGCACAGUCGAACAAACCACGCGUCCACCCCAAAAAGCACAAGCCUGGAGACAAGAACAAGUUUAAGCCCGCCAAUGAAAUAUCCUUCAAGGUUUCUAAGAAGAAAACAAAACCAAGGGGCGGCAACUGGGAAAAGGUCGAGUUCCAAAGACCAAACAUGGGACAAAGGACGCCUUCUAAAUUGGAGGAUCUACUUUUUGAUAAGUAACGAAAUUUUUCUUCGAGUCUCAAACAAAAUCCAUUGGUGCACAAUUAGCGUUCCAUACUACCUGCCGCAUAGGUGAGGGGAGUCACGCCAUGCACAGAAGUUUAUGAAUUAUGUAACUGUAAUUUUAUGAUAAUAUAAUAUACCGCUAUUU